AUGCCGGUGGCAAGCAGUGCGACCAGUUCAAUAAGUGGUUGGCUGCCAAAAUGGCAACUUGCUUUGGCAGUGGGUGCACCGGUGGCACUUGGACUAGGAUAUAUUUAUUACAAAAACACAAGUCAAGAAAAAUCAAAAGGUGGAAAGUCAAAUGGUGUAGGGACUGAGAAACAAAUUUCAAUUGAUGGUGAUACUUUGACUAAAAGUACUCAAAAGCCUGAGACUCCAACUGCCAAAGCGCAGCGAUUUAAGACCCUUGGAAAUCAAGCUUUUGGUGCUGGAAAAUAUGACGAAGCUAUUUCGUUUUAUAAUAAAGCUAUCGAGACCUGUCCUGCUGAUCAAAAUGUUGAAUUGGCUAAAAAUUAUCAAAACAGAGCUGCUGCUCAUGAUGCACUGGAAAACUAUAGCUCGGUAAAGGAUGACUGUACAAAAGCACUGGAGCUAAAUCCGACGUAUACAAAAGCCUUAUUAAGAAGAGCACGUGUUAUGGAAAAAACUAACGAAUUAGAAUUAGCACUGGAAGAUGUUACUGCUGCUUGUAUUCUUGAGAGAUUUAUGAGCCAGUCAACACUUUUAAUGGCUGACCGAGUUUUAAAGGAAUUAGGUAAACAGCAUGCCCAUGAACAUAUGAAGAAAAGAAAACUUGUUAUGCCCAGUAAACAUUUUAUAAAAACGUACUUCAGUUCAUUUAAAAGCGACCCAAUAUUUUCUGAUGACUCUGAUGACAAUGACAAUACAGCUCUAGCAGAAGUAAUCCAAAUGUUUAAAGAUGAAAAUUAUGACGAUAUAAUUGAUGCAUGUACAAGCAAAAUAGAAAGCUCCGGUCCAGAAGACACUCAGGUUAAAUUAAAAUUACACCUUCUACGUGGUACCUUCUAUUUAUUACUCGGUCAACACGAGGACGCGAUCGAGGACUUGAAUGCGGUAAUCAACAGCGAGGAGUCACCAAAGAACGUUAAAGUUAACGCGCUGAUAAAAAGAGCGACGAUGAACAUGCAGUUAGAAAAUCCAGACAAAUGUUUUGCGGACUUUAAAACGGCUGUCGAGAUUGAUUCCGAGUGUGGAGAUGUCUACCAUCACCGUGGACAAGUUAAUUUGUUGUUGGACAAAGUUGAUGAAGCCAAAGAAGAUUCAGAGAAAGCAUUGAAAUUAAAUCCUAAAUCAGGAAUUGCCUUUGCUCAGAAAUGUUACAUGGAUUAUCGACAUGCUGCUAUGACCAGAUCUCCCACUUUGAUUGAUACUGCAAUCAAAGAAUUUGAACGUGCAUUUGACUUAUUCCCAGACUGCUGCGAAUGUUAUACGUUAUACGCUCAAAUGUUGUGUGAUUCACAAUCUUACGACAAAGCUGAUGAAUAUUUUGCUAAAGCCAUUGAUAAAGAUCCAUCAAAUGCAACUAUUCGUGUACAUAGAGGUCUACUCCAAUUACAAUGGACUGGAAAUGUUGAAAAGGCUGUCGAGUAUAUCAACAAAGCACUUGAGUUCGAUCAAAAAUGUGAAUUUGGAUACGAAACAUUGGGAACAAUUCAAGUCCAACGAGGAAAUCUAAAAGAAGCCAUAGAAUUAUUUGACAAAGCACUAGAAUUGGCCCGAACAGCUCUGGAACUUACUCACAUAUUCAGCCUUCAAGAUGCUGCGAAAGCACAGCUCAAAGUCGGUCAAAGAUUAGGCGCUAAUUCGUUGUUUGGUAUGGGAAGUAUCAUGUCGUAAUAAAGUAGAAGCAUAAUUUAAAUAAUUGC